AUGAGCGCAGCCGAGCGUGUCAAGUCCUUGCAAGAGAGUGUGGAGGAGGCUCAACGACGCCUAGAGCUGCGAAGAAUGAGAUCGCAACAAGCACUGCUGGCGGAAGACACCUUCGUCGAACGCUUUGCCUCUAAAGGAUACCUCUUCACCCGGGAAUCAGAGCAGCGGAUGCGGGCUCAACUCUUGGGACACCCCACUCCUCAAACUCCUGACAUGGGCUUCACCUCUCCGGUCGUCAUUUGUGGACAGCAGUGCAACUGGGUGGAAUUCAAGGACUAUUUCGGAUUCCCGGACAAUCCGUUCGUGGCCCGAAAGGAGAAGAAGCAGCUGAGGAAAUAUCUCCUCGCGGUGGGCCAGGGAGCUGUCGUGCACACGAUCGGCUUCCAAUGUGGGUAUCCGAACAUUGAAGGUGUUGCAGUCCUCAGGUGCGAGAGGUGCUCAAGAGAUUAG